AUGUACCGGCGGGGCUCCAAUCUCAGCGACGCGAGCUUCAUGACCGACGUUGAGAUGGCCCACGACGAGGUAAUCGAGCUCCGCCCCGUCAAUACAACCCCCCGCACACCUGGACAGCAGCUGACGGCGAAUAUCAAGAUGUUCGCGGGUCCCAUGUCCGAGAGCGUGCCCACGAGCAUCUCCUCCUUUGCCCACCGCCGCCGCUCGCGCGCCGAUUCCACCGCCAGCUUCACGUACUACGAGGAGGACCGGGACUCCGAAGAAGGCGCUGAAGAAGAGGCCAUAGCCGAUGAAUAUGGCGAUAUUGAAUACGAUGGGUAUGUGGACGACGAAUUCGAUGACCUCGAGGCUGGGGUGUCGCCUUCCCCGCCACCGACAAGACGGAAAUCAUCCGGGCAUUCAAGCCGAGGGUCUGUUGAGGCUCCAUUACUGCGUAGGCGAUCAUCGGCAACCAGCGCAGGAUCUGGGGAUGGAUGGGAAGGGCGAAGGAUCAGUCAGAAGAUAUACAUACUGACCGAGGAUCUGACCAUCGUAGUCGCUGGCUUCAAAACAUCGACCAUCGGGUUCGGGAUAUACCUCGUCCUGUGCACAAUCACCGCAGGCUUGGGCUGGCUGGUGUUCAGAUGGCUCCCAAGGUGGAGAGUGGCCUUGACGGGGCGGUCAUCGCCUUUGAAAGAGUGCGAUUGGGUGGUAAUCGAGAACCAGUGGGGAGAGUUCGCCAUUCAGCCUGUCAAUGCCCAACCUUAUGGACGUUCGCUCUCGACUGUGUUUGGAGACCCCGAAAAGCGGCGAAGAAUAGACUACGACGAAGACUCAGACCCUGAGAUCAAGCAACUAUGCAGCCUCGAUUACCGAUACAUCCGCUUCUGUUACCACCCGCUCAAAGACAAAUUCGUCCUUGCGAAUACCUGGAAGGAUCCGGCGUGGAUUAACGUGUCAACCCUUCGCGAAGGGCUCGACAAUGAAGAGCGGGACUAUCGCGAGCUCGUUUUCGGAAGAAACGUUAUUGAUCUAGCGGAAAAAUCGGUUGGCCAGCUGCUGGUGGACGAGGCCUUCCAUCCUUUCUACGUGUUUCAGAUCGCCAGUCUCAUCCUCUGGUCCCUGGACGAGUAUUACUACUAUGCCGCCUGUAUCUUUAUAAUCUCUGUUGUAAGUAUCACGACCACGGUGAUUGAUACGAAGGCCACGAUGAAGCGACUGCGAGAAGUAUCACGAUUUGAGUGUGAGGUCCGCGUAUUGCGGAACGGCUUUUGGAGGACCGUCGAUUCUAGCGAGUUGGUUCCAGGGGAUGUCUACGAAGUUACGGAUCCUUCUCUUACCCAGCUUCCUUGUGAUAGCUUACUGCUCUCUGGAGACUGUAUCGUCAACGAGAGCAUGUUGACUGGAGAAUCGGUCCCUGUAUCCAAGAUACCCAUGACAGACGAUUCGCUAGAUCUACUCGAUCUGGGUGCGUCAACGAUACACCCAGAAAUAGCCAGGCAUAUGCUUUUCAGUGGUACCAAAAUCAUUCGAGCCCGACGACCUCACGAUGAUGUCGACGACGAAGCAGCCGCGCUGGCUAUGGUAGUACGGACCGGGUUCAAUACGACCAAAGGGGCCUUGGUACGAUCUAUGCUCUUCCCGAAGCCUUCUGGUUUCAAGUUUUACCGAGACUCCUUCCGAUACAUCUCAGUCAUGGCUUGUAUCGCCAUGGUCGGCUUCGUCGCUUCAUUCAUCAACUUCAUCCACUUUGGUCUGGCCUGGCAUCUCAUCGUUGUCCGUGCACUAGAUCUAAUCACGAUCAUCGUUCCGCCUGCACUCCCGGCCACACUUACCAUCGGCACCAACUUUGCCCUGUCACGUCUGAAACAGAAACAAAUCUUCUGCAUCAGUCCACAGCGAGUAAACGUAGGAGGCAAGCUUGAUGUCGUCUGCUUCGACAAGACCGGGACUCUGACGGAGGAGGGAUUGGAUGUUUUGGGCGUCCGAGUGGUGGAGCGAUCCGCGAAUAGGUUCAGUGACAUCCUCACUGAUUCCUUAGACGUUCUUCCUCAAUCGCGGUACGAUCGCGACCCCACCGUCGACUACUCGAACCACAAGGCGAUACUCUAUACGAUGACGACUUGUCACUCGCUGCGCUUAAUCGAGGAUGAGCUUGUUGGCGACCCGCUCGACGUCAAAAUGUUCAACUUCACAGGCUGGAACUUCGAGGAGGGAGACCAAAGGGCCCCUGCAGGCGAGGAGGAGUUCGAUCAGAAACUUCGCCCCGCGGUCGCCAGACCUCCUGCAGGCCGUGAGUAUGACAUCGAUGAUCGUGAGGACGACGAGAACAGAAAACCCGUUGAGCUCGGAGUGUGGAGAUCCUUCGAAUUCGUCUCCCAACUACGAAGAGCAAGCGUUAUCGUGCGGCAAUUCGGUGCCAGAAAUCCUCAAGUGUACGUCAAAGGUGCGCCAGAGUGCAUGAAGGAUAUCUGCUGCGGGGACAGCUUUCCAACUGAUUACGAGGAUCUACUGGCCUAUUAUACCCAGAAAGGGUUCCGUGUCAUUGCCUGCGCAACGAAGACGCUCAAUAAGUCCAAUUGGCUUAAAGUCCAGAAGAUGAAGCGAGAGGAUGCUGAAAGCGACCUCCACUUCGUCGGUUUCAUCAUCUUCGAGAACAAGCUCAAGCCAAGCACAACACCAAUCAUGGAAGAGCUGGAGAGAGCAAACAUACGGACUGUCAUGUGCACCGGAGACAAUAUCCUUACGGCUAUCAGCGUUGCCCGAGAGUGCGGUCUGAUCAACAGAACAGCCCACUGCUUCGUACCGCAUUUCGUUGAAGGCGACUCCCGCACCGCCCUUGCUCGCCUCAGCUGGGAAAGCGUCGAUGAUCCCGUCUUCAAACUGGACGAGAAUACCCUGAAGCCUCUUCCUCCGCCAGCCGAAGCUGAUGUCUCCUUACCAUACGAUAUCUCCAACCUCCGAAACUAUUCACUGGCUGUCAGUGGAGACGUCUUCCGCUGGAUAAUCGACUUCGCCUCAGAGAAAGUAUUACGUGAGAUGCUUGUCUGCGGGCAAGUUUUUGCUCGCAUGUCCCCCGACGAGAAGCACGAACUUGUCGAAAAGCUCCAAAGCAUCGAUUACUGCGCUGGCUUCUGCGGCGAUGGAGCGAACGAUUGUGGAGCCUUGAAAGCUGCCGAUGUCGGUAUAUCACUUUCGGAAGCUGAAGCUUCCGUGGCCGCACCCUUCACCAGCCGCGUGUUCGACAUUUCCUGCGUCCCGCAAGUCAUCAAGGAAGGCAGAGCAGCCCUCGUCACCAGCUUCAGCUGCUUCAAGUACAUGAGCUUGUAUUCAGCUAUCCAGUUCACCUCCGUCAGCUUCCUCUACGCCUCAGCCUCCAAUCUCGGCGACUUCCAGUUCCUCUUCAUUGACCUCCUCCUCAUCCUACCCAUUGCGAUUUUCAUGGGCUGGUCCGGCGCAUACCCAAAACUCUCUCGAAAACGACCAACAGCCAGCCUGGUUUCCCGAAAGGUGCUUACGCCAUUGCUAGGUCAAAUCGUACUCUGCGUCCUCACCCAAGCCAUCGCCUUCGAGUACGUCCAAAAACAGCCAUGGUACCAGCCCCCCAUCGUCGACAAAGAGCACUCCAACGCCCUCAACUCGCAGAACACGGCCCUCUUCCUUGUCUCCUGCUACCAAUACAUUUUCUCCGCUGUGGUCCUCUCAGUCGGUCGUCCGUUCCGGCAACCCAUGUCACAGAACCUCCCCUUCGUCAUCACGAUCCUUAUCACGCUCGUGACCACCUGCUACAUGCUGUUCGAUCCUGCGCAGUGGCUUGUCAAGCUCAUGCAGCUGACAUAUAUGAGUGCGUCGUUCAAGGUGUUCCUCCUGGUGCUGGGCUUGGGCAAUUUCGCCAUCGCGUAUGUGGGCGAGAAGUUUGUGCUACCGGUCAUCGCGAAGUGGAUCGGGUUGCUGAAGGUGAAGAUCAAUCCUAAGUGGCGAAAAAAGAGGAAGGAGUAUAAGCUGAUUAUGGAGAAAAUGAGGAUGUGA